AUGUGUCCCGGGCUGUAUUCGUCUCUGCAGCGAAGAGCCCGGGCCGGGGCUGCCCUGCUGGUGGCUGUUCCCCGGUUGCUGACCCCUGCUAUGAGGACUCGGGCUGGACCCCUUCUCAGACUGUUGGGCCCGGCUGGACUGAACUCCAAGAGAUGGUUGGAGAACUCAUCGCUUCCCUUGAAGGAAAGACAGCCGGGCCCUGGCUCCGAGAAAUUCCACACCAUUUACCGGCUCCAUUCCAUCCGUGCCUUUGGGGUCCUGUCGCAGCUGAAGGUGGCCCAGACGGCGCUGACCCUGCUGGCCUUGCCGCCCGGCUACUACUGGUAUUCCCAGGGCCUCUUGCCACUCAGCUCCGUAUGCCUGGCAGGGGGGAUCGCCACCUUCGCUCUGGCAAUGCUGUGCUGGAUGAGUUACUUCUUCCGGCGCCUGGUGGGCAUCCUGUAUGUGAACGAGAGGGGCACCAUUCUGAGGGUGGCUCACCUCAAUUUCUGGGGCUGGCGCCAGGACUCCUACUGGCCCGUGGCAGACGUGGUGCCCCUGACGGAGAGCCGGGACCGGCCCCAAGAGCUGUUUGUGCGCCUCCAGCAAUAUAGUGGCCAGCAGACCUUCUACCUGCUGCUGCGUUAUGGCCGUGUGCUCGACCGGGAGCGCUUUGCCAGGGUCUUUGGGAACCUGGAGCAGCUGAAGUGAAGUACUGACUGCGGCCCUGGCAGCCUUAUUUUGGGGAUUGUGGAUGUGGAGGUGUAGGAGGUCAGAAUUAGGUGGAGGAAAGAGCCCCCAGAUGCAAACAGCUCCUGUGACGUUGGAGCAGCUUC